ACUUAGAAUAUAUUGUAUUAUUUCAAACUUUUCAUGUAAUGUAUAUUUUAGUGUCUCAAAUUCCAAUGCACAUAAAAUGUCGACUUUCCUCUGUAGGUUACAUUGCAUAUUUACAUAUAAAUAUGAAUAUAAAUGUAAGACCAAGGGAUGACAGCAUAUUAACUAGAUAAGGAACAGUGAUUGAUUCAGGACCAAGGGAUAUUGGUUAAAAGAUGACAUUAAUCUUUUCUGUAUAUCUUUUCUGAGAAUAAAAUUAAGAAAUGAAUUAACAUGAAACAAACCAUGGUCAGACAUCAGAGGCAUGUGAAUAUAUAAUUUACCAGAGAUGAAUCUGAGAAGACUAACAUUUGGGACUGACAUUGUGGUGCAGUAGGUUAGGACACUGCUUGCAAUGCUGGCAUCCUAUAUUGGCAUGUCAUUUGGAGUCCUGGCUACUCUGCUUCUGAUCCACAUUCCUGUGAGUGUGUUUGGGAAAGCAGUGGAACAUGGCCCAAGAACUUGGAUCCCUACCAGCCAUAUAGGAGACCCAGAUAGAAUGGCCUGGUCCUGACUCCUGGCCCCAUCCUGGCUGUUGCAGACACUUGGGGAGUGAGCCACAAGAACGAAGAUCCAUCUAUCUCUUUGUCAGUCUCUCCUGCCUCUCUCCUUAUUUCCCUUUCAAAUAAAUCUUUAAAAAAGAAAAAGAUUAACCUCAUUUCAUAAUCCUUGUGAUGGAAUCUUAAUUACCCAAUCUCCUUUCUAUUCAUCUCUCCCUUUAUACUACAGGGACUAUUUAUUCCCAUUCAUCCAGUACAAAUUACUUACUAGAAUUGCUGUCAUGACUUGGUGCUCAAAAACAUGAACUGCAAUCAUCAUAUGAUAUCUAUACUUAAGAAACAGAUAAAGAAGUUGCUUAAGGUGUAAUUGUAGAUACCACUACAUGUUUCAGGGGCCAAAGAAAAUGAAUACAACACCAAUUCCAAAAUCAUCCGCAUCUUAUAUAAAAGGCAUAGAAGACACACACAGAGAAAUGCACUCCUAGUCUUUUUGUGACAGAACUGGCAUGAUGAACAAAAAAAAAUGUGCUGUUGCAGAUGUUGGUGUCAUUUGAAGACCUGGCUGUGGACAUCACUCAGGAGGAGUGGCAGUACCUGGACAGUUCUCAGAGGACUCUGUACAAAGAUAUGAUGAUGGAGACCUACAAUAGCCUGUUGUUUUUGGGGUACUGCAAAAGCAAACCUGAGGUGAUCUUCAAGUUGGAACAGGGGGCAGAGCCAUGGACAGUGACAAAACCCCUAAAUUGGAGCCUGUCAGCCCACAGAAGGGAUGACCUAUUGGGAACCAACUGGAAAAGUCAACAAAUAAAUUUGAGGAGGCCUGAUGAGAUGCGAGCUGCAGAGAAAUCUGAUGGCACUAAUGUACCUGGCAACUCAAGUGAACGUUGGGAGCCCAUCAGGCAGCCUCACAAGAUUCAGCCUUUUCAGCAGGUGUUUGAACACAGUGUAAAAGGCAAAGGGUUCAACAGGAAAAGGGUGUUCUUUACAAAUGAAAGGGAUCAUAUGGGAGACACCUGUAAUAAGUCAGUUGGCAUUGUAGGAAAGACAACUGAACAUGUAAAGAACUUUCCAGAAAAAGUCCUACCUCAGUAAACCUCAACAAACACACACAGGAAAGAAACUUUAUGAAUCUUUUGAGUAUGAGGAAACUCUCAUUUACAAAUCAGAUUUUAUCACAAGUCAAAGAACACAUACAGGAAGAAAAACCUAUUCUUGUAACCCCUGUGGAAAAUCUUUCAAUUGUAAAUCCUGCCUUUCUAUCCAUCAUAGAACUCAGAAAGGGGAAAGGCCCUCUGGGUGCAAUGAAUGUG